CGGGGCCAUCAGAUCCCCAGUACCCAAGGGCCAGCCAGACAGCAACAUGGCUCCUUCUCUAGUGCAUACAUUUGCUUCAGCACUGCUUCUAACCUCUCUUGCCUAUGCGCAACGGGGUGAUUAUUCCCAAUGUGUUCCACAAGACGAAUUUGGAACGUACUGCCCUACCACAUGUGGAGUAGUGGAUUAUCUUCACAAGUACAAACCAGCAGUGGAGGAAGAUCUAAAAUAUAUGGAGGACAUUUUGGAGGAUAUUGCCAACGCUACACGGGGGGCUGAAGAGAAGGUCAACUACAUGAAAGACCAAGCAACACAGGCCCAGAAAACUUCACAAGACAUUUACAUUAAAAAGUCAAACAGCAUGUUGGAGGAUAUCAUUCGCUAUGAGAAGACCAUUGUUUCCCAGGAGGAGCAGCUUCUGGGACUUCAAAGCAUUUUGGAUUCAAAUGCCAGGGACAUACUCACUCUUAGGCAGCUAUCUCUUCAGCUGGAGCAGAAAUGCAAGGAGCCAUGCGCAGAGACAGUGGAAAUCCAGCCCACCACAGGCAAAGACUGUCAAGAUGUUGCUAACAGAGGUGCCAAAGAAAGUGGCCUGUACUACGUGAAACCAGACGGGAUGGAGGAGGAGUUCCUGGUGUAUUGUGAGAUUGACAACCUCGGCCGAGGGUGGACUGUACUCCAAAGGAGACGUGAUGGCAGUGUGGAUUUCAAGAGAAAUUGGGUCCCUUACAAGGAAGGUUUUGGAUACCUCUCUCCAGAUGACACUACAGAGUUUUGGCUGGGGCUUGAGAAGAUCCACAAACUGUCUGUACAGUCAAAUAUCCCAUAUGUCCUGAGGAUAGAGGUGGUCGACUGGAACGGAGUGAAAAAGCAUGCUGACUACUCUGUGUUCAAGUUGGGAUCAGAGCAGGACAUGUAUCGCCUGACCUACGCUUACUAUAGUGGUGGUGAUGCAGGUGAUGCCUUCGAUGGCUAUGACUUUGGUGAUGACCCAAGUGACAAGUACUUCACAUCGCACAAUGGCCAACAAUUUAGCACACCUGACAAAGACAACGACAGGUAUGAUGGAAACUGUGCCCAGCAAGAUGGGGCAGGAUGGUGGAUGAACCGUUGCCAUGCUGCUAAUCUUAACGGAGUGUACUACCAGGGUGGCCAUUACACAGAGAAGGAUGUUGGUGAAGGUGGUUUUGAUAACGGCAUUACCUGGGUCACAUGGCACAGCCGCUGGUACUCAAUGAAGGAGACAACCAUGAAGAUCAUCCCCGUUAGCCACCUGCAUGGAAGAACCGGCCAGCAAGCCGGAACCAAGGUGUUUGGCGAUAACUGAGGACCAACUUGAGAGACCCACAUUCCUUGUUUUUGCACACCAUUCUUUUCUCCAUGAUCAUAUUAUUACAAAGAUUAAGGCUUUCGUUCUAAUGUGACAAACAUGAAAUGAAUCAAUGAUUAAUAAAUGAUUUCUGUUUUAUAAAACAAA